CUCUGCAAGGCUUUGCUCUGCUCAGCAGGCUGCAGAGUUUGCUGCAGAUGCAAAACAGAAAUCCAUCCUUCUACUGCCUACCUACCAUCAGGAGGGUUAUAUGUCUUCUUGGCUCUCGCUCCUUCCCCCAAACCUCUGUUCUCAAAAGGAAGCUCUGUUCUGCUGCUAGCAAUGCAUCCUGAGACGCGGCUGUGUUGGUGUUGCCCAGCUUUCUGUGUGUGGGCAUUCGUGUUCACAUCCUUGAUUAAAGAUACCACAGCCUGCGAAUCAGAGGAACGGUUAUUUCACAAACUCUUCUCCCAGUACAACCAGUUCAUUAGGCCGGUGGAAAAUGUAUCUGAUCCUGUCACAGUGUAUUUUGAACUGGCCAUUACCCAGCUUACAAAUGUGGAUGAAGUCAAUCAGAUUAUGGAAACAAAUUUGUGGCUGAGACACAUUUGGAAUGACUACAAACUGCGAUGGGAUCCCAGACAAUAUGAUGGCAUUGAAUUUGUUCGGGUACCAGCAGAUAAAAUUUGGAAACCAGAUAUUGUCUUGUAUAAUAAUGCUGUGGGAGAUUUUCAAGUUGAAAGCAAGACCAAAGCCCUCCUUCGCUAUGAUGGAAUGAUCACCUGGACCCCACCAGCUAUAUUUAAAAGCUCCUGUCCUAUGGAUAUUACUUUUUUCCCAUUUGAUCACCAGAACUGUUCACUCAAAUUUGGCUCAUGGACCUAUGACAAAGCCAAAAUUGAUCUUCUGAUCAUUGGAUCCAAAGUAGAUAUGAAUGACUUUUGGGAAAAUAGUGAGUGGGAAAUAGUUGAUGCUUCUGGCUACAAACAUGAUAUCAAAUAUAACUGCUGUGAAGAGAUCUACACAGACAUAACAUAUUCUUUUUAUAUUCGAAGGUUGCCAAUGUUCUACACCAUAAAUCUGAUCAUUCCCUGUCUUUUCAUCUCAUUCCUGACUGUGCUGGUUUUUUACCUGCCAUCUGAUUGUGGUGAGAAAGUUAAUCUUUGCAUCUCAGUGCUUCUUUCUUUGACUGUAUUUUUACUGGUGAUCACAGAAACAAUCCCAUCCACCUCUUUAGUAAUUCCCCUAGUUGGUGAAUAUUUACUCUUCACAAUGAUAUUUGUGACUCUGUCAAUUGUCAUCACAGUGUUUGUCCUCAAUAUACAUUACAGGACUCCGAUGACACACACAAUGCCCAAAUGGGUAAAAACUGUCUUUCUUAGCCUGCUCCCUAGAGUCCUGUUGAUGCAGAGGCCACUAGAACAGCAGAAAAAAAACACCUCCAGAAAAAACAAGAAAGUAUCAGACAGUAAGUUGGGCAAGUCAAAGCACAGCAAACACAAAGAUACCAAAUUGCACAAGGAGCAGCGGUGCAGUCACUGUGAUCAGGCAACUGAACUCCCUACCACCAAAAGACAGCUGAGCCAUCAGUCACUGAGAUGGAUGGCGGAGCACAUGGAGUACUCUCCAGAGGUGAAGGAUGUCAUUAGCAACGUCCAGUUCAUCGCAGAGAACAUGAGAUCUCAAAACGAAACCAAAGAGGUGGAAGAUGAUUGGAAAUACAUAGCUAUGGUGAUAGACAGAGUAUUUCUCUGGGUAUUUAUAAUCCUUUGUGUGUUUGGGACUGUAGGGCUCUUUAUCCAGCCACUAAUAGCCGAAACAUAACAAUCCACUGCUUUUUAUCCACUUUUGCUCUUGUUUCAUUUUCAGUUCAGAAAUUUACCUUCUAUUUCUCUCCUCUAACAUAAUGCCUC